AUGCACUCGUUUGAAUGGGCGGUCCUUGGAUUGAGCGCUCUGUCAGGGGUGAAGGCGCUGACGCCCGAAGGGCUCAUUGCAGCUCCACGCCGUGGUGAAGCUGUCCCCAAUCCUUCGGGGGAAGUAGCCUUGUUCUCAGCAUCGGAGUAUUCUUGGGAGACGCAUAAAACCUCGUCGUCUUGGAACUUGAUUGACUUGAACAGUGGCAAAAUCACUGUGCUCACAAAUGAUAGCAAUGUCUCCGAGUUGAUCUGGUUGGGCACCGAUGAUUCAGGCCUGCUGUACAUCAACGGCACCAAUUCCGAUAUCCCUGGUGGUGUUGAACUGUGGGUGUCUGAUACAGCUAGUUUUGAGAAGUCUCGGUACAAGGCAGCCUCUCUGCCUGCUCCAUUCUCCGGUCUCAAGACCGCGAUUACCGAGACAGGCAAUAUCAACUUCCUGGUGUAUGCCCAAUCCUACGCAAAUGGAACUGCGUACAAUGAGGAGCUGGCAGCUACCCCGUUGAGUACGGCUCGCAUCUAUGACAGCAUCUACGUGCGGCAUUGGGAUACCUGGCUUACUACCACUUUCAACGCUGUCUUCUCCGGCAUCCUCACGAAGAAGAAAGACGGACAGUGGGCCAACUCUCGCUACUCACUCGACGCACCACUGAAGAAUCUCGUUUCUGGCGUCAAGAAUCUUGAAUCGCCAUACCCUCCGUUCGGCGAUUCAUCGGAUUAUGAUCUUUCUCCAAACGGAAUAUGGGUUACUUUUAAGAGCAAGGCCCCAGAACUGCCCCGCGCUAACCACACUGCAUCUUAUAUCUACCUCGUUUCGCACGAUGGUAGCGUGCAGCCCGAGGCAAUCAACGGCCCAGACAGCCCAUGCACCCCUCAUGGUAUUAAGGGCGAUACCAGUAGCCCAUCAUUCUCACCGGACAGUCGGCACAUUGCCUACUUCCAAAUGGGGAAUAUCGCGUACGAGUCUGAUCGCCGUGUACUCUACGUCUACACCCUUCACUCUAAGAAGACCAUUCCUGCUGUCGCUAAGGAUUGGGACCGCUCUCCAGACUCGGUCAAGUGGACGGCCGAUGGCAAGAACCUCAUCGUCCACAGUGAGGAUCACGCACGUGGGCGCCUAUUCUUUGUUCCCGUCGACGCUGGUGAUGACUACAAGCCCCAAAACUUUACCAACACAGGCUUUGUUAGCGGCUUCCGUAAUCUGCCUAACGGCGAUGUCCUGAUCACCGGCUCGGCAAUCUGGACCAGCUGGACUGUGUACACUGCGAACCCCAAGGACGGUGUGAUCAACACACUAAUCUCUGCCAACGAAGUCGAUCCGGCUUUGAAGGGAUUAAGCCCUGCUGAUGUGGAUGAGUUCUAUUAUCAAGGAAACUGGACCAAGAUUCAUUCUUGGCUCAUCUAUCCUGCCAACUUUGACAAGUCCAAGAAAUACCCACUGAUUUUCUAUGUGCACGGUGGACCUCAGGGCUCAUGGGCCGAUUCUUGGAGUACACGGUGGAACCCCAAGGUCUGGGCUGACCAGGGGUACGUGGUGGUUGCGCCCAAUCCGACUGGCAGCACGGGCUUUGGACAGAAAUUGACCGAUGCUAUCGCAAAUAACUGGGGUAGCUACCCCUACGAUGAUCUGGUCAAGGCCUGGGAGUAUGUCCGAAAAAACUUCCACUUCAUCGACACCGACCAUGGUGUUGCUGCGGGUGCCAGUUACGGCGGUUUCAUGAUGAAUUGGAUCCAGGGCAACCCCCUGGGACGGAAGUUUAAGGCACUUGUCACUCACGAUGGGACCUUUGUGGCGGAUGCUAAGAUAUCUAGUGAAGAGCUUUGGUUCAUCGAGCAUGAUUUCAACGGCACCUUCUGGGACAACCGAGACAACUACCGACGCUGGGACCCCUCCGCGCCAGAGCACAUUUUGCAGUUCAGCACUCCUACUUUGGUCAUUCACAGCAGUAAGGAUUAUCGCCUGCCUGAAGCAGAAGGUCUGAGUCUGUUCAAUGUUCUUCAAGAACGCGGUGUUCCCAGUCGUCUGCUGAGCUUCCCCGAUGAGAACCACUGGGUGUUGAACAAGGAGAACAGUCUGGUGUGGCACCAGCAGGUCCUGGGUUGGAUCAACAAGUAUUCCGGUGUUGGAGCUAAGAACCCAGACGCCGUGAAGCUGGAGGAUACCCAGAUUCCAGUGACUCUGUCUGGCGCUCUAGUCCCAUCCUCCAUGGCUGGCUCCCCUGCCCAGGAAGCCGCUGCACACCAGUCUCGCAAACGGCGUGCCUCUCAGAUUACCCCCGACAAGUCCAAGAAGUCGACUGUCAGCAUGUCUCCUGCCAGUGCUGAGACCAACUCAAACAAGCCGGCCCGGAUGGCUCCUGUUAACCCUAAGGGCUCCACCAAAUCUGCAACUUUGGUUACCGAUAAGCUGCCCACGACCAUCGACAAAGCUGAGGGCUCCGGUGAUGGGAGUGUCAAUCCCAAGAGUGCCAAGUCUGACUUAGCGGGCAAGGCUAAGAAUAAGUCUGAGAAGGUCACUGCGAAGAACAACAAGACCGAUGAGAAGGAGAAGCCCGCCGCCAAGAAGGACGACAACAAGGACAAAGGCAAGGAGAAAGCCGUGGACAAGGCCGUAGAGAAGGCCAUGGAGAAGGCCAAGGAAACCAAGGUCGAUGCCAAAGACAAGGCCACCAAAGCCACUGAGACCCCCAAGCCUGAUCAGGGAGUCAAGCUUCCCGACCUUGUCAAGCCCGUGCCGUCCGACUCUGCGGACUCUUCUGAUGAGGACUCCAAUGACUCCGACGCCAUUGACACUGAUGACUCUUGCGACUCAUGCGGCUCCGACUCCUCGUCUGACACCAGCGAUUCCGACAACAACUCUCACACCCACGACUAUCUGGAAGAUGACCUGUACAAUGCCCUAGACAUCAACUCAGCCGAAAUCUAUGCUAUGAGCCCCGAACGCCGCGCCGAGGAAAAGGCCAAGACUCUCCGCAACGUCCAGGCCUUCGUCGACAACACCAAAGAUAAACACUACCACAACUUCCACCUGGACCCUCUGACCGGCCGGGACAAUUACGCCAGUUGGCUGGUAGGCAUGGAAGUUCUUCUUCGCAUGCACCAGGUUUGGUGUAUUGUCGCAGAUGUCACUGUCCCACUUGACCGAGGCCACGAGAUGUACCCAUGGUAUGAACACAUGCUAACCGUGGCUAUUUCACUGGUCUAUGCCAACGUUUCCAAGGAGGUCCGCUCCGACCGCUGUUUUAUGAGCUCUACUGUACACCGUAACCCUAACAACAUGAUGCAGCACCUCUGGGCGCAUUUCGGUCAGCAGCACGAGGGUGAUUCGGACUAG